CGUCCGUUGCGGAACAGAAGGGGGACCCCAAGUGCUCCUCUGCCCUGGGGUGAGCAGUCUCAGGGCCACGGCAGGGGAGAGAACCAGCCCCAGCUAUGCAAGAGAGUUCUCAGCAGAGAGCGGCUGCAGCAGGAGAAGUGAACCAGUCUCCAGGCUUGGCGGAAGCUGGCUCUUCCUUGGCACUGGCUUGUUUUGGGGACGAGGCAUUGGCAGACAAGCUCAGUUAGACCCUUAGAGCUGGUUGGGGAAGUCCCUUGCCCAGGUGAGUGAGUGGCGAGGGCGGAGUGGAGCGUGGCCGCCUGCCAGCUGGGAGAGGAGGGCGGGAGUAGCUGACGGCCACCACCACUGCUGAGUUCUCUCCCCAGUAGGGUUAAAAGGGUGCUGGAAGGAGCUCUAGACCAGACCGGCCAGAGGCAAAUGAUGUGCUUGUCGUCUGGGGAGCAGACAUUUGUCACCCCACCCCAAAAGGCCCCAACGGUCCUAUCCUGCUCUGGAUUGCUGCUGCUGCUGCUCUGUUGAAACCCUCCCCCCACAAAACGCAAGAGGAUGUAAGGCAGAAAAUACCACUUCUCCAAAAUCUGCUGCUCAGAACCAGGGGUCCCUGGCACUGCCCGUCCAGCGGGCGAGUUCCUGCCUGCCUUUUCCCCAGGCAGGAUAGUGUGUGCCGGUGCAUUUAUGGUGGCAGGGAGGAGAGGGUCACUGCUCAGAACCACUUCCCCCCCACCUGGUGCCGAUGGGAAUUCUGGGCCAGAACAUCUGAAGAGCACCAAGCUGGGGGAGGCAGAGUUAGAAAAGGUUGUCCUCCCAGAAGACAAGUUGUUGGUCAGAUAAAGGGUGCUCUGGCAGCCAGGCGCUAAAGGACAAUAGUUGGGCUGGACUCUAAGUGCAUCGGAGCCGACCCGCUCCCCAAGAAGAACUCCGUCUUGCAGACCCAGCCGGGCUUCAGGGUGCCACCAACACUCUUCUGCUCAGGCCCCGCACAGACCAAGGAGACUUGAGCCAGGCCUCUGGCCUGCCCUUCCGGUGCCCCCCCCCCAGGGCCUCAGUGGGGAGAGGGGCCUUGACCAGCACCUGCUGCCUGGGGGGAGGGGAGAAAUGGCACACACACCUGCACAGCACAGGCUCCUCCCCACCCUUUUGAAAGUAAAAGGGGCACCAGCUGCAAAGAGGCAGGGAACCAGUCAGGUAAGAUGAGGAGGCAGCUGGAGAAGAGCUGGUGAGGAAAGGGCCGGCCCAACUGUUAGGGAAGGGGAAAGUCCAUCUCAGGAUUUGGGCUUUGCGUGUCCUGAAGGGGCUGCAAGUUGCUGGGGACUCCUAAUGUAUUAUUAUUGUAUUUUUACCCUACUUGUGGGGUUUUCUGCCCCUUGGCUCUUCAGAAACAAUACUGGACUCUGCUUAACUUUGCAAAUGUGCUGGCAGCCUUUUUGCUGCACCACUAGUUAACCUUGAGUCAUCCGUGUCACCCACGGGAGAAAUCAUCUUCCUUGCCUAAUUUUAAGGUUUUUAUCGCCAGCAUGGAUGUAGGGCCUUUGUAAAUUUAAGCAGCCUCAGAGUGGGCAUGAUGUUAAUAUCAGUAAUAAAUAAAUACCCCUGCAUUCCAACUGCAGUUGGCACGAAAGCCACAAUUAAAUGCCCCAGGUCCCCGCUGGGCAGAGGGUGCUUGUCCCUGCUGGCCCCGAUCCGUGUGCGCUGUGCAGAUCCUGGUCCAGAAGGGCCAGAGGUUCCCCAGAAGAGCCUCUGACAGUGCCGGGCUCUUCCUCUGGGCAAGGCCGGGCUCCUGCGGGUCUUUACUGGCGAGCAACGGAGCCGUUUUCCUCCAGGGAAGGCUGCUGCGAUGGAGCCUCGCGGCGCGCCUCUCGCGCUUACUCCGUUCCCUUUGCAACCAGAGCGCAGAUGGGAAGCUCCUCGGGGCAGAGCCCGCGCUUGGCGGGGGGGGGGGUGUCCGAGCCCGCGACGACUGCCGCCCGAAGGCCACGCGGGUGGCUUCCCCUCGGAAGUUGGGGGGUGGCCCUCGGGGGCCGCCUGGCCCGCCCGCCCGCCCGUGCGCUCCUGCUGGGCUGCUCCGUGCCAAGCCGUCAGCUGAUGGGCCGCAUCACCCCGUAGUGGCGCAGGCAGCCGCGGGCCGGCCGGGCGGCGGGGCGGGCGGGCGCGGGGCCAGGCGAGGCGCGGGGGCCGCGGGGGCGGCGGGCGGGGCGCGCGCGGGCCGGGGCGGCCGGGGGCGGCGGCGGGGCGCGGGGGCCGCGGCAAAUAGUCCUUUGUUUACAUGGGCCGGCGGCUGGCGGAGGCGGCGCCGGCGGGGAGGGAGCGCUGCGCUCGCACCAGCUGUUUCCCGCCUUGAGGAGACGCGCACAGAGGAGCCGGAGCCGCACGGAGGAGCGAGCGAGCGAGCGAGCCGAGGAGGAGCAGCAGCGGCGCCGCCGGGCGGGGACGGACACGCACACGCCGCCAACGCCGCCGCCGCGCCCCACGCGCGCCCCCGCAGCCCCCGCGCCGCCUGCCCGGCCCCGAUCCCCGCGGGCGCCGCUCCCUCCCUCCCUCCGCCUCCCGCGCGCCCCGGCCGGGCAUGGAGUACUUCAUGGUGCCCGCGCCGAAGGUGCCGUCGCUGCAGCACUUCAGGAAAUCCGAGAAGGAGGUGAUCGGCGGGCUGUGCAGGUGGGUGCGCGCCCCACCGAGCCCGGGAAACGGGCAGCCGCGCAGGGCCGGGCCGGGCCGGGGGAGAGAGCGGCACCGAGCGACGGGCCGGCCGAGCGGGGGCCUCCGCUGCCCGGGACCCCCGUGCGCUCCGGGCCGGGGCUGCGCGGGGAGGGCGGCGGGGUCUCCCUCGGGACGCGCCCGGUCGCCCCCGGAGCGGCGGGAGGGCCGCUGGCGGGAGCACGUGGGUCUGUUUGCAGGCAGAGCGGGCGCCCCGGCCAUGCUGCCGCCGCCGACCUGCUGCGCCCGCUGCGCCUGCCCGGCUGCGCGCCCGGCCCGAGCCCCGGCGAGGAGCGCGGCGGCGGCGAGGGGCUGCCGGGCCGGGCGGGCGGGCGGGCGCGGCGAGGGCGAAGGCGUGCAGCUGGGCGGGCGGGCGAGGGAGGGAGGAGGGCGCAAGGCAGCCAUGCCGCCGCCGCCGCCGCGGCUCCCUCGCCUUCCCCUCGGCGCGCCGCCUCCCAGGCGCCCCGCGGCCGGCCUCCCCCUGGGGCGGGGGCUUUCGGGGCUGGGCGGCCGCCCCCUCGGGGCUCCCCGGGGCGCUGGUGCCGCCGCCCGGCCGCGUGGGGACUCCGGCGGCGGCGGCCGGGCCUAGCCUGGCGGUGACUGUGCAGCCUCCGAAGGGGCGGGCCUUUCCGCCGCGGGCUGCCGGGACAUGUAGUGCUGCGCUCGGCCGGGCCACGCCGCCGCCGCCGCCGCUCCGCACAAAGGCGCCCGGGCGCUCCGGGCCAGCCGCGCACGUGGCUGGGGCUGCGGAGGCCGCGCGGGGAAGGCCUGGCCUGCUGCUUUGCAGGGCCGGCGCGCUCCUCGCCCGGCGGGCCGCCUUUGUGCCCGGGGCAGCGGGGAGGGAAGGGAGCCGAGCAGCGGCCGCAGCCAGACAAAGGGAGCCCGGGACCCUUCGCCGCGCUCUUGCCGCUCUGCUCCCGGGCGCCCUGGGACGGGAGGGCGGCGGCGGGGACGCGGGACCCCCUGCCUGCGGAGGAGGGGGCUGCUCAGUGGGGCAGCUCGGCUGAGCUCCUGCGGCCAGAGCGCGGGGCAGGGCGGGCUGGUGGGGCAGAGGGUCCAGCGCUGCUGCGGGGGGGUGAUUCCGCUCCAAAUUUUGGCCCUGGCCGCUGCCCGUCUGGCCGGCCCCCCAGACUCUUUUCCCGCCACAUACACCUGGCUUACCUGCCCCCCCCCCCGCCUUUUAUGCAUUGGCAAACGGUGGCUUUCAGGUGCCAGCUGGAGCCCAGGGACCGCGGGAUUUGAACCCAUCACAAAUGGUGGUGGUGGGAUUCCUCUGCGCGUCCAGGUGGCCUCCCGCGACCCCUCCCUCUUGCUCCCAGGUAGCGGCCAGUUGCACAUUGCUCCUCUGGGUUCUCUUAGCGCCAGCAGAGAGCAUUUCUGCCUGGUCCAAGAUCUCAGUCCGGAGACAGAGGAGAGUUUUUCUAAAGAGUUGGAGCAGGUCUAAAAGACCAGCGCCUUGCAGCAUGGACUGAAGUCAAACAGAUGUUGAGGCUCUUGGCCCUGUGCUGGGAACCUGCUUGACCAAAGGCCCCUUGAAGGUUGGCUCCUUAAAUUGAUAUCUGCAGUCUACACACAAUGCACAAAGAAAGGAAUAAAGCAAUUGUGUAAAAAGCACCCCCAGUUUGUCUCUAGCCUAUCUCUCCUGCCAAACCUGGAGCUCACCCCCCACCCCCGCCUGGUGAGGGUCUUGUGCUGGGAGACAGUCCUGCAGCUGUGAGUUGACUUUGUAUUGAAUAGUUGGGCAUAUUAAAAAACUUUUCUGUCUUAACUCUUUGGUAUGCCCCAAAGUGAUUUUUUGUUUAUUUAAAAAAGUCAUUGCUGCAUAUUAGUUGGCCUGAGGCCCAGCACAUCCCUGGAUCAGCUCUCCAUUCAGGGGGGAUAAUGUAUCGCUUGUUGGCUGCAGCCAGACAGGUCGCAUCCUUUUCCUCCUCCCAGCUCCCUGCGGGUCCCUCUAGGCAAUGGUUCUGAGGCUUUGGGGCAGCUUGUGCCAUUCAGGUUGGAGUUAGCCUGCCAGCCUGAGCCCUCUAAGGCGUGAACCUGCCUGGGACCGGAUGGGUCCCCAUCUCUCCAUGGGAGCACUCGAGUUCCCAGGCUGCAGGGAUCUGCUUUAGAGGCCAACACGGUGUUAACGUUUCAUUUAAAGGCAUUAAAAGAAAACGAGCCCCUGCUCAUUCCUCAGGACAGGACCCAACCGGGCAUUUCAGUCAAAUUGUGUGUGAUUUGGGCAGGCAGGCAGGCAGGCGGGAUCUCACUCUGUGCCAAAUCAGACCCUUUGUCCUCUUUGCAAUGGUGUGUCCUGACUUCCCCCAUCCCUGGCUGUUGGCUGUGCUGACCAGAGCGGGCAGGAGCUUUAGCCCAAGACCCUCUGGGCAGCCACGGCAUCCCCCAGCCCUGGGGCCCGCUGGCGGGCAGCCGUUCUCCAGGGGUGCAGGGCCACAGAGGGACUGAGCCUCCCUUAAAGCUGCUCGUCUCCCCCGCAGCCUGGCCAACAUCCCGCUGACCCCAGAGACGCAAAGGGACCAGGAGCGGCGGAUACGCAGGGAGAUCGCCAACAGCAAUGAGCGGCGCCGCAUGCAAAGCAUCAACGCAGGGUUCCAGUCGCUGAAGACCCUCAUCCCACACACGGAUGGGGAGAAGCUCAGCAAGGUAAGGGUCAGGCGCACAAAGCCCUUUCCUCACCGGGGCUGCCUGCUAGUCCUUUCUGGAGACUUCUGUGCUGUACCACGUAUGACACCCCCCCCCAAAAAAAAAUAUUGCUGGUGAUUGUGGCAGCGGACAGGGGUUGGGAUGGGGAGCAGCUGGGCUUGGCAUUUUCUGUGUCCCAGAUGCAAGGAGCUUGGCUGGAGGCUCCUGUCUCCUAGGAUUCCACUUGAGUUUAACCUUAGUACUAAGUCUAGCUGCUGCGCGAUAAGAGGAGAGGUCCUCUUAGGGAGCAGGAUUUGGUUAGAAACUGGAAACAGAGAGGAGGAAUCAAUGGGCAGUUCUCCCAGUGGAGAGAGGUAGAAAGUGGAGUCCCCCAAGGAUAGGUAUGGGGGCUUUUUAAUUUGUUCAUAAACAAUCUUGUGCUCAAUGUGAGCACUGAGGUGGCCAAGUCUGCCAAUGGCACUAAAUUGUUGAGGGUGGUUGAACCAGGAAGAGAAGAGCUUUGAAAGGAGCGAAUGAAUGGUAAAAUCACAAAUGCAGUUCAGUGUACAAUGGACACUUGGGUUGCGAACGCGAUCCGUGUGGGAUGCACAUUUGCAACUCGCAGCAUUUGCAACCCACGUCUGUGCACGUGCGGCUUGCGAUUUGGCGCUUAUGCGCAAAGCGCAAUUUAGCACUUCUGCGCAUGCGUGACCACCGAAACCUGGAAGUAACCCGUUUCAGUACUUCCAGGUUUCGGCGGUCCGCAACCUGAAAAAACGCAACCUGAAGCGGCUGUAACCCAAGGUAUGACUGUAUAAACAAAGGUAAAGUGAUGCAUGUUUGGGCAAAAAAUAAUCUUAAUUUCACAUAGAUGCUCCUGGGGUCUGAACUGAUGGUUGUGGCAGCUGGCUCAAAGAUGAUGUUGACCCAGUGAUCUGCAGCUGUAAAAAGGCAAAUUCCAUGCUAGGGAUCUUUAGGAAAGGAAUAGAAAACAACACUGCCACUACCAUAAGGCCAUCGUUCAAAUGAUGCGGCUGCAUUUGGAAUACUGUGUACAGUGCAGGCCAGCUCUCCUCAAAAGGGGUAUUGUAGAGUUCAAAACAGGGCCGCCAAUAUCUCAAGGGGAGGGCAAGAGUCCCCUAUGCGGAAAGGUCCAAACACUGUCUUUUUUAAAGCCCACCUCCAGGUUGGCCAGUCACCAGCUCUCAGCCUGAGAUUCCUCACGGAGCUCUUAUGAGGAUAAAAUUGGGGUGGAGGGAGAAGAGACCCUCUGGGCUGCCUUUUCUGCUCCUUGGAGCAAAGGCAGGAGGAGAACCAACACCCCCAUAUAGAGGCACUCAGGAGUCAUCCCAGGAAGCCCAAGGCUGGGAGGCUCAGGACGGGCAAAAGGAAGGAGGAAUUUUUCACGCAGCGCAGUGAAACCGUGGAACUCGCUGUACCGCUUAAUAUAUUAAAAUCAUAUCUAAGCAGCGUAUCAAUAACUGAAGCAGCAGCAGACAACUUAAAAUAUUACAAAAAGCAUACAGCUAUAUAUAGAAAUAGGGGACGCGGGUGGCGCUGUGGGUUAAACCACAGAGCCUAGGACUUGCCAAUCAGAAGGUCGGCGGUUCGAAUCCCUGCGACGGGGUGAGCUCCCAUUGCUCGGUCCCAGCUCCUGCCAACCUAGCAGUUCGAAAGCACGUCAAAGUGCAAGUAGAUAAAUAGGCACCGCUCCGGCGGGAAGGUAAACAGAGUUUCCGUGUGCUGCUCUGGUUCGCCAGAAGCGGCUUAGUCAUGCUGGCCACAUGACCCGGAAGCUGUCUGCGGACAAACGCCGGCUCCCUCAGCCUAUAGAGCAAGAUGGGCCAGGUUGCUCACUGGAGCACGGCGGUUUGAGCAUCUUACACCAAUCCUGGCCCAACUGCACUGACUGCCAAUUAAUUUCGGGGCCCAAUUCCAAGUGCUGGUUUUGACCUAGAAAUCUUUCAACGGAUCAGGACUGCAAUACCUCAAGAAAUGCCUCUUUCCAUGUGAACCUACCUAGACCUUCUUGGCGUGUCUCCUCCACAGGAGGUCCGUAGGGUGGCAACAUGAGAAGAGGGCCUUUUCUGUGGUGGCUCCACAUUUGUGGAAUGCUUUCCUCAGAGAGGUUUGCCUGGCGCCUUCAUCCUACGCCUUCAGGUGCCAGACAAACGUGUUUGUGGGAGGAGGAUAUAAAUGUUUUAACUAUUUAUUUUGCACAUCUAUUUUGCAUUUUGAUGAUGAUGAUAAUACAUGCUGGAUGUUCUGUUUGACUCUGCACCCCCUCACCUUCCAAUUGCCCCUCCCCAGGCAGCGAUUCUCCAGCAGACAGCAGAGUACAUCUUCUCUUUGGAACAGGAGAAGACACGUUUGCUGCAGCAGAACGCCCAGCUCAAGAGGUUCAUCCAGGUAUCUGCUGAGGCUGCUCCCUCGUGUGUGUGUGUGUCUGUGUGUGUGAGAGAGAGAGAGAGCGAGAGAGAGAGCGCUUAUAACAUUCCAGACUGGGGUGGGGGGUUGCUCCUCUAUGCAUAGAGGGUGGGGGGCCUCUGCAUGUGCUCCUUUUCUCCUUGGAGCUGCCACAAGCCUUUGGCUUGCUUUGCGUGGCUGAGCCUCUUGGUCGCCGCUUGGCUGCAUUAGAGAGGAAGUGGAGGGCAGGCCGUCUCUCUCUCCCCGGGCUUCCCAUCCCUGAUGCUCACGCUGCGUCUGCUUGGCCAGGAGUUCAGCGGCUCCUCCCCGAAGCGGCGGAGGGCGGAGGACAAAGACGAGGGCAUCGGGUCCCCAGACAUCUGGGAGGACGAGAAGGCUGAGGACCUCCGCCGGGAGAUGAUUGAGCUGCGCCAACAGCUGGACAAGGAGCGCUCCGUCCGCCUGAUGCUGGAGGAGCAGGUGAGAGGAUGGGGGCAUCGCCUGUGCCGUGGGGUCUCCGUGGGCUUGGCUGGGAGGGGAGAUUGCUUGGACCGCUUCCCUGGCCCCACAGUCAGGAGGAGCAACCUCCCGGGGCCGCAUCCUUCAGGGUGUUGUCAAACCAGUGAAGGCCCCAGAAUGUUUCUGGAGGAACAGAGAGAAAAGAGUAGCAGGUUUGGCCAAGGAAUUUGGUUUCCCUUGCGAAUGGGGUUCAGAACAGGAUGUGCCCAUUGUGCACCCGACUGGCACACUGAGUGCCUGGCCCUCUCUGCGGCCUUUGUGGGGUGUUGCCGUGCCCUCCCAGCCCAUGACAGGGCCUUCUUCUCCUGCUCCCCCGGCAGGUGCGCUCCUUAGAGGCCCACAUGUACCCCGAGAAGCUGAAGGUGAUUGCGCAGCAGGUUCAGCUCCAGCAGCAGCAGCAGGAACAGGUGAGGCUCCUGCGCCAGGAGACACCUGAGCACCAGCAGCAGGGCCGCCCCCAGGUGAGUGCGCGGCUUGCCUCCCACCCAGCCCCCUUGUGAUGCAGCUGGGGGGGCAGCGCUCUUGCCCCAGCCCCCCAGAGCCCCCUGGGAGACUCGCGGGGGCUGAAAUCCAAGGGAGUUGGACGGCGCCUCCUGCAGGAAGGCUCAGCAUUCACCUGGGGGCCUGGGGGGCCUGGCUGCUGCAGCAAUGCUUCCUUCCCCCCGGGGAGGGUCCUUGCACACCUGGGCAGGCAGGAGUCUCGGGGGCUCCAUCCCCGGCAAGCCGCUGCCACUCGGCCAGGUUCCACGCAUCCGUAGCUGCCGAGCGUUUGGCAAGAGGCUUUCCCUUGCAGCUCCGGCUGGAAUUGGGGGGCAGGGGUCUUGCGGGAACUGCCCUCCCCUCCGUGGCAUAGCCCCUGCAGGCCUGGCUGCCGCUUCUGCAGUGCUUCUGUGGUGCUGGGAAAUCUCGGCUGCCUUUUGCAGCUCUUGACGGUGGGGCGAAACCACAGGGCGGGAGAAGGGUCUGGUGCUCAUAUUCUGCUCAUGAGCUUCCCCAAGUGGGCGCCUGCUGUCAAAACAGAAUGAUGGACUCUAGGUGGGCCAAUGCCCUGAUGCAAUAUGCCCUUCUUACCUGCUUAUGCCUGCCUGCCUGGGUCGCCCGCUUGCCACAUCUUCUUGGAGGUGACGGGGGGCCUUGCUGUCCCCAGGUCCCUCCUGGAGGAUGGUGCACCCUGUACUGUCUCUGGGCUUCCCCUGCAGGGAGAGGCCUGAAGCCAUGUAGUCACUUCCACCCCUGGGGUCUGCCUCUUCCAAGCCCUUGCUCCACGAGUUCAAGCUGCAGGGGGAGCGUUGGGGGGGGGGCACAGCGUAGGCCACCUGCCUGCAACAAAGCCCAGCCCAUGCUGCUGCCUUUGUGCUUGGGGGGGGGGAUGUGGGAGGCCAAGGCUGCAGCCUCCGCUCUCCCCUCCAGACGUGGCCAUGUGGGGCCUGAGUCCCCCUGGACAAAGGGAGACCCGCCCUCCCCGUCAGGAGCCAGGAGUGGCUCGUGGCUGCCUCUCUAGGCCAGAGCCAACUCCCUGCCCCGAGGUCUUAUCUGCUCCAGGCUCAGCCAUUCUGCCUCUGACUGCAGGACCUUCUUAGAGGCAGCCCCUGGUGACACGGCCGGUCUCUUUUUCUCUCCCCCCGCAGCUCUUGUCGGCACACGGCCCCCCAGCCCCAACCCACCACCCGACUGUGAUCGUGCCUGCGCCGCUGCCACCCUCUCACCACGUCACCGUGGUAACCAUGGGCCCGUCCUCCGUGAUCAACACUAUCUCCACAUCCAGGCAGAAUCUGGAUACCAUCGUUCAGGUGAGACAGGGAGACCCGCGUCCGUGGGGGGGGGGGCAGGAGAGCGUUGGAUUUGGACGCAGGAGGUCCCAGGUUCAGAUCCCCAGUGGCAUCCCUAGGGAGGGCAGGGAGAGAUCCCCUGGGCCCGUGGGGAUUGGCCAAUGGCCUAGCUGGGCAUUGGGCUGCAGAAGCUCUGCAUGGCUCGAGUGAGUGAGCCAAGCCAUAUCCUGGAGACAACAGCCAAUCACUCCAGGUACUGAGGGUUCACUCUGACUUUGAGGUGUCCUGCACCUGCCCUGGAAGACAGAAGCCCCCACAAAUGCACCAAAUUUUGCACCUCUGUGUCCUGUUUCCCUGGACGAGUGUUGCUAGUCGCUGUGUGACAAGCCCCCAUAAUAUGAUAAUAAUUCAUUAUUUCUACCCCGCCCAGCCGCCUUUUCCUCAGGGCCAGGCGAGUAAAGAGAUGUUGGAUCCUUCUAGAGCAGUUGGGGGGGGGGGCUCAGGGGGGCAGCCCUCUAUAGAGAACCUCUAAGCCUGGCGGGAGAUGGAGGUGUCUCAUCCGUGUGCAAUUUUGGGUGUGGUUUGCCUGCUAUUUUUGAGACACACUCCUGUUAGAAAAUGCCGCAGGGUCUCGUGGCUCCUUUUUCGUAGCAGAAAGCUUCUGUGGAAGUGGUCUGAGGUCCUCAAAAUCUUAGACCCUGUGGCGCUUUUGAAGUUUUGCUGCUCAACGGCCUCUCCUGGAGAUCCCUUUGGGGUCAGGGGAAGGGAGAAGAGGGGGGACGCUCCCUUUCCCUGGGGCUGAAUCCCCAGAAACGGAAUCCAGGACCUUCUGCAUGCAAAGCAGGUGCUCUAACCACUGAGCCUUCCUUGGACCUAAUUCUGACCAGUCCCAGGCAGCUCAAAGGCUCUGGGAUACGAAGGGGUUGGGGAAGGUCCCUCUGCAACCCUCCCACCUGCGUCUGAGACCUUGCAGGGCCCCUGAACUGGUUAGACCCUGCAGGACCCUCAGUCUGCCGGUGGACAUAGCCAAGGACUUUUCCUAGAAUCAUAGAGUUGGAAGAGACCACAAGGGCCAUCGAGUCCAACCCCCUGCCAAGCAGGAAACACCAUCAGAGCACUUCUGACAUAUGGUUGUCAAGCCUCUGCUUAAAGACCUCCAAAGAAGGAGACUCCACCACACUCCUUGGCAGCAAAUUCCACUGUCAAACAGCUCUUACUGUCAGGAAGUUCUUCCUAAUGUUUAGGUGGAAUCUUCUUUCUUGUAGUUUGGAUCCAUUGCUCCGUGUCCGCUUCUCUGGAGCAGCAGAAAACAACCUUUCUCCCUCCUCUAUGUGACAUCCUUUUAUAUAUUGGAACAUGGCUAUCAUAUCACCCCUUAACCUCCUCUUCUCCAGGCUGAACAUGCCCAGCUCCCUUAGCCGUUCCUCAUAAGGCAUCGUUUCCAGGCCUUUGACCAUUUUGGUUGCCCUCCUCUGGACACGUUCCAGUUUGUCAGUGUCCUUCUUGAACUGUAGUGCCCAGAACUGGACACAGUACUCCAGGUGAGGUCUGACCAGAGCAGAAUACAGUGGCACUAUUACUUCCCUUCAUCUAGAUGCUAUACUCCUAUUGAUGCAGCCCAGAAUUGCAUUGGCUUUUUUAGCUGCCGCGUCACACUGUUGGCUCAUGUCAAGUUUGUGGUCAACCAAGACUCCUAGAUCCUUUUCACAUGUACUGCUCUCAAGCCAGGUGUCACCCAUCUUGUAUUUGUGACUCUCAUUUUUUUUUGCCCAAGUGCUCUCUGAUCUUAGGCAGCUCCUGGGAGCUUCUUUUCCGCAGACAGAGUCUUGGGUGUGUGUUGGGGGGCUUCAGGGGGGCCAGCUUGCUGUCUCACACUGGUGUCUCCCCCCCCAAAAAAUCAGGCAAUCCAGCACAUCGAGGGGACACAGGAGAAGCGGCUGCUGGAGGAGGAGGAGGAGGAGGAGCGCCGUCGUGCCGUCAUCGUGACCCCUGCGCGGACCGGCCUGGAGCCCUCCAACUCGGACACGGCCUCCGACUCCGAGGCGGACGACAGCGACUCCAUGGAGCACAGCAAGGCUGAGAUGCCCUGACCCCCACCUGGCCGCGGGGGGCGGGCAGGCGGGCAGGGUGUGGGUGAGGGGACUAUGGAGAAACUUGCGCUGAAUUUUUUUACAAAAUACCAUGGAAUUCGGGUCUCUUUUAUGACCUUUCGAUACUGUAAACGGGAGCGUUAGAACCUGCAGGGGCCAAAUCCUUGCCCUCUUCAAAGCCAACGGGAAGGGGGGCGGAGGGGAGAGGGCAGCAGCGCAGGGGUUUUCAGAGUGCCUGGCCUGCGUGCGACCGUGUGGGGGCAGAUCGGAGCCCCAAAUACUCAGGGGGGAACGUUCAUAUAAAUUGCCUGCGGCCACGCAGAGUGGCGGGUGCCCCCCAUCUCCCGGCGCCCUCCUAGGCCCUGCUGGGUUGCCUUGCCUCCCCAGUCAUCCCCCCUCCCAAAUCUCUGCGACAGACUUCUCUGGGCCUCCUGUUUCCUCCCUGCUAGUUGGCCUUGCAAGGGCCCCUCAAGGUCUGUCCUGCCGGGGGCUUGGUUCCUUGGCAUCACCCCCAGGGGAGGCAAAAGGACCCAGGGGGCGACGGAAGGUCUGCCCAUAGCAGGGCCGGUGCCCACGCUGCCACCCCGGGGGCCCCUGCCUGCAGUCCCCCCUGCAUCACGGGACGGCAGGCUUCCCUCCGUUCUCAGGGGGCCAGUUCAGGUUUUUGGCCUUAGCGGCAGUCUGGGUGGGGGGUGUCCCUUUUCAAAGAUGGCGCCGUUUCUGGGGUGGGCCUCAGCCUGCCACGUUGGCCACUUUUGGCUCCCCCCCCACCCCCCGUGGCUUCUUUCCUCCUUUUUUUCGAAGCACUUAAUCUGUUCCGUGGGUCCGACUGGGUCAUGAGGGCGUGCGUGUUCUGUGAUCGUUGCUUUUUGUUGCGUCCUUCCCCGUUCCCCCCCACCCAGCUUCCCCCAAUUUGGCUAGAGGCCUAGGCCAGUGUUGUUUAGGGCUGUUGGUAUUUGGUAGGUUCCUCCCCAGCCGCAGCUUUUCCUCAGUUCUUUCAUUUUUUUAUAUGGUUUUUCUGUUUUGUUUUUGUUCUUUUUUUCUCUUUUUUUACAGUUUUCGGGUCUUCGUGUUCAUUGAGAUGCUAUUAUAUUUUGUUAAGAAAGUGGGAAAAAUGAGGCUUGUGCCUUUGUAAAGAAACAAAAUAAAGUUUGUACUUUGUUUUUUA